AGUCAUACGUACGUCCGGUCAGCAUGGCGGGCGUGCUGCUCCUCCUCAUCCUCAUGCCGGCGUCGGCGUCGGCGAUCGGGAUCGUCUGCGGCAGCGGCGGCAACUACACGGCCAACAGCACCUACCAUUCCAACCUGGCCGUGCUCAACGCCACCCUCCCCGCAAACACCUCCUCCUCCCCGCAGCUCUUCCUCACCGCUACUGCAAACGCCACGGCCAACUCGACGGCCGGCGUGGUGCGUGCGCUCGCGCUCUGCCGACACGACACCACCAACCUCACCGCGUGCAGGGAGUGCGUCGCCUCCUCCUUCAGCUACGCGCAGAAGAUGUGCCCCAACCACACGGCCGCCACCGUCUACUACGACUACGACGAGACCAACGCCUUACAACCAGGGUGCCUCCUCGGCUUCUCCGGCGACCGCGACUUCCUCAGCCCCGCGUCCGGCACCACCGGUAACGGUACCUUCUUCCAGUAUUUCAACACGGUGACGUCCAUCCCCGGCAACGCCGGCGUCGUCGCUGCCGCCGUCCGCCAGCUCCUGGGGCAGACGGCGCGCUACGCGGCCGCCGCAGCCAGGAGGUUCGCCACAGGGUUCAUGGACUCCAUUGGCCCCGGCACCACGACAACGCUCUACUCCCUGGCGCAGUGCACGCCGGACCUGUCUGCCGGCGACUGCCUGGCGUGCCUCCAGCGUCUCGUGGGCUCCAUCAACGCCACCAACUCCGUGCGCCUCGGUGGCCGGAUCUUCCGGCUCCGCUGCAACGUCAGGUUCGAAGCGUUCAUGUUCUUCGACGACAAGAACAUACAGCGGAUUCCAUCUCCAUCAUCCCUGGCUCAGGCACCGGCGCCGGCUCCGGCUCCGGCAGGCAAGAGACAUGGAGUCAAACCUUGGGUAAUCGCCUUAUCGGUGGCUGCUUCUGUGGCACUAGUUGCACUCUGUUUCAUCGUCUACUGUCUUCGGCGGCUUAGAAUAAAGAACACAAAAGGUAAAGGGAAACGUCCUCACGAGUUUCAAGAAGGAGAUGAAGUUUGGGAAAUGGAAGCAGAGCUGUCUGAGUUUGCAGUAUUUGACUUUAACCAGAUAUUAGAGGCUACUGAUAACUUUUCCGAGGAAAACAAACUUGGCGAAGGUGGAUUUGGCCCUGUUUAUAAGGGCCGCUUUCCUGAUGGAGUGGAGAUAGCAGUUAAGAGACUUGAUUCGGAUUCAGGACAAGGUUUCAUAGAGUUCAAAAAUGAAGUUGAGCUCAUAGCCAAACUGCAACACAGGAAUUUGGUUAGGCUCAUGGGAUGUUGCUCUCAAGGAGAGGAGAAAAUACUGGUCUAUGAAUACUUGCCAAACAAAAGCUUGGACUUCUUUAUCUUUGAUGAAGAUAGAAAAGCUCUAUUGGACUGGAACAAACGCAUUGCGAUAAUUGUAGGAACAGCAGAAGGACUUCUUUACCUACAUAAGCACUCUAGGUUGCGUGUUAUACAUCGUGAUCUUAAACCAAGCAACAUUCUUUUGGAUGGCGAAAUGAAUGCUAAAAUAUCAGAUUUUGGAUUAGCAAAAAUAUUCAGCUCAAAUAACACCGACACAAAUACUACAAGAAAAGUGGUUGGUACAUAUGGCUACAUGGCACCUGAGUAUGCAUCCCACGGCAUUUUCUCUAUCAAAUCGGAUGUAUUCAGCUUUGGUGUUUUAACUCUCGAGAUCGUUAGCGGGAAGAGGAAUUCCCAUGAAUGCGGAGCUUUCAUCAACCUCCUUGGACAUGCUUGGCAAUUAUUUGAAGAGGAAAGCUGGGGCGAACUCAUUGAUGCAGCAUUGGUUCCCAACAUUUAUUCGACAGAAAUGAUGAGGUGCAUUAACAUUGCAUUGUUGUGUGUACAAGAGAAUGCAGUUGAUCGACCGACCAUGUUGGAUGUAAUUGCAAUGCUAAGCAACAAGAGCAUGAUCUUACAAAAGCCUAAGCACCCAGCAUAUUUCAGCUUAAGCACGGCAGGGAACAAAGAAGCACCCACUACUACUAAGUCUUGUAGUGUAAAUGAUGUCACUAUAUCUACGGUGACGCCUAGAUAGUUUUCCAUUAUAUGAACGUUAUUUUUAAUUUAAAUGGUCUAUAGUGGGCAAGUUCCAAACAAUAAACGAAGUGCACAACACUUCUUCUCUAUAUAUUACAAAUGUAAUGUGUUUUGUACAAUGGAUGUUGCCAAUAAAAACCGUAUUUCUGUUAA